AUGCCUCGAGGAGGAGGCCAUGGUGGUCACACCAUCGCCGGUGCUGCGCUGCGCAAUGCAGGUCUCGUGGUAGAUGGCGAUGUUGGUAUGCGUGGCGCUGCAGGCCCAAGUAGGAGUCGAGCCGGAGGUGCCGCUGGAAGAAGAGGCGGAAGAAACACCGGAGCAGAUCCAUCCGAUAUCAAUGGCAAUUCACUCCAAGGUCGAAUCGCACGACAGCGUGUAAAUCCAAUGGGCAACCGUCCACCAACAAAAGGCAAGAAGGCUGCUAUCAAUGUCAACGAUGGUCUCCGAGCCGGUAACGCCGCAUCCGUUCUCAAAAGCAUCUCAUCAUCAAAGGCGCAAGGAGGUGGCCGUAUACCCGGCGGAGGAGGCAUCAUCUAUGCCGGCAAUGAUAUGCCUAAAACUCAGAACGUCGUUUCACUCAUCAAGCGCUUCCUCCAAUCACGCUGGAAUCCUCAAGCCAAGUUCUUGAAUCUCGAAAACAUGCGCGCAGACCCAAUCCUUCAAGCUGAAGGCAUUAAGCCACCAGGCGUCACAGGCUCUCCAAAGGAACUCGGCAACGUCAUCUGGAAACUCUGCUCAGAGACCUAUCCCGACGUAGUAACCAUCUCUCUGGCCAACAACGAUCUUCGCAGCUUGGGUCCUGUCAGCUCAUUGCCCGCAUACUUUCCCAACCUUCAGAACCUCUCGCUCGAAGGCAAUGAGCUUAGAUGGACCAAAGAUCUCGAUACAUUCGCAGCAAGAAAGAGCAAGUUGACCAACCUCAAAGAGCUCUUGCUGACUGGCAACCCUGUUCAUGCAAGUGCCAUUGCAGCGGGCAACGAAGAAGGCUACCGUCAGGAGGUGCUCUCCAAAUUCCGCACACUGACCAUGCUCGACCAGAAACCUGUUACACCAACCGAAUCGGCCUUCGCAAAUUUGCCAACAACGGGCAAGUCCAAGAAGAUGGAUGCCGAUGCAGCACAAGUGCCAUUGCGAAACUUCCCCGUCCCAAACAAGCCGGGCUUUGUCGACGCCGACGCAGGUGCCAUCAUGCCCAGCUUCCUCUCCAAGUUCUUCAUGCUUUACGACACGGAUCGAAGUCAGCUUACCGAGGCAUAUGCACCACUGGCACAGUUCUCAUUCUGUCUCAACGUCGUUCCACCUCCCCGGGCUCGUGCUGCUGGCUUCCUUCAUACUAUGCCUCAUCAAAAGGAGCUCAAUUUCGAUCGCUACCAGGACAACGGCAACCGCAACUUGAUGCGCAUCCGUACGCCCAAAGUGCGCCAUCAGUCAUUGCACCAUGGAGCUGGCUCCAUUCUUGCUUGUCUGAAGCGACUGCCCAAGACUUCACAUCCACUUAAUGAUGCGUCCAAGUUCAUUGUCGAUGCCUGGGUCUUGCCUAACAAUGCGAUCGGGGCUAGGCUGAAGGGAGAGGAGCGGCCGGAGGCGUUGUUGUUCAUCAACGUCCAUGGCGAAUACGCUGAAGCUCCAAGCCAGGGCAUUCGUUCGUUUGACCGAUUAUUCACAGUAGCACCUACACCACCUGACAGUCCUGCUGCUGCAGCUGGCUGGCCUUGUGUCAUCCUUUCAGAUCAGCUUGUUGUACGCCACUACUCGAGCCCUUCCGCGUGGGCACCCGACAGCUUGCCUACAGGCGAGGUCACAGCCGAACAGACGCAGGCUUUGCAAGCAGCACAACAACAGCAGCAGCCAGGAGGAGCAGUUCAACCACAGCCCGGUAUUUCAGCCGCAGCACCUGUUGCUGCUGCUCCUGUCGGCGCCAACGGCGCAGCUCUACCUCCUCACCUGCAAAACCAAGCUCCAGCAGCAGGGAUCAACGAACAACAACACGCCAUGUCGUUGCAAUUAGCUACUCAAACCGGUCUUAUCUAUCCUUUCGCAGUACAAUGUCUUCAAGAGAAUGGUUGGGACUACAAUCUGGCCUUUACGAACUUUCAAAGUUUGGAGGCGAGCAAUGCUAUCCCUCCUCAAGCGUUUGCACAGCCCGUUUGA